CGUUAUCACUCUCUCUCUCUCGUUCCUCUGCUUCUUUUUCUGGAUAAAAGAGGAAAAAAACCAGCGACGAUUUCAGACUCCAACGUUAUCAUUGACAACUCUUUCCACAAUUCGGAUAACGUGAGAGGGGGAAAAAAAUCAGAGAUUUGGAAGAAUCUCCAUAAGCUUAUUAUUAUUAUCAUUACACAGAUGAAUGCCUUUUGGGUUUCGUUGAAGGAGAAUGUUAAGUGUGGAAAUAAGCUCACUGAUGUGGUGAUAAGGCAGCAACCUGCCGUGAGAAGUGGAAAAGAAAACAGAAAUAUGAACAACAGAGAUAAUAAUGAUGAUGGCCAUUCAAAUCCUUUGGCAUCUCAGGCUAGUCUUGUAGCUACCACACCAAGCAUGGAUCCACCAAAGCUUCAUGAAACCGACAAACUCAGUAUAGGAGACCCAUCAAGGAAAAUUGUUGAGAUGAUAUUUCACAAAGCUUGGAUGAACACCUCAACUCCACAGAAAAAGGUCAGAACAGUUUUCAAGGUGAGCAUUUCACCGGAAAUGCUUGAGAGAUUUGAGAACUACAGAGAAGUGGUUAAGAAAAAAGCCUGUGAGCAAAAUCCAAGGCAUCCCAGAAGCAUUGUUGAUGGGAAUGAACUUCUGAGAUUCUAUGGCACCACAAUGAGGUGUUUCCAAGGAAAAUCCGUGCAGAAAGUUAAAUAUCUCUGCAAUGAUCCAUCUUGUAGUGUUUGCCAAACAAUUCAGUUCAACUUUGACACAGAAUUCUCCAGAAUGUCCUCUGCAAGAGCGAAGACUGAGAGAAGUGCUGUAAUAGUUUGCAGGAUCAUUGCUGGAACUUCGGUACACGAAGUUAAUGGUCAAAUUGAAGGGUCUUGUUCAAAUGGGGUAGGGAAAAUGCAAUUUAGUUUGGACAAGUUUGUUGAUAGAAAUCCCAGUGCUAUACUUCCAUGUUUUGUUUUAGUUUUUGAUUGACAUGUACUGUAGGCUUAAAAUGACCACUACUAUUAUAGGUUAAAUUACUUACUAUUCUAGUUUCAAAGCUUGUAAUUGAGCCUCUGUCACUUGAAAUACGAAUAUCUUCUUUGAUUUGAUCCUUGCUAAUUAUACAUCAAUAUGUUCUAAUGUUAUCCCAUCCACUUUAUUUAGCCCUUUAGCAUUAAAUAUAAUAGAGGUAAGUGAUUUCA